CCCUACACCCCCCCAGCCCUAGCGGAGCUCCGGUGGUUGGUGGUGUUGUUGUAGCAGCGGCGGAGGAGCAGAAGAAGAAGAAGAAGAAGAGGAGGAAGAGGAAGAGGAAGAAGAGGAGGAGGCUGUGUUUGGAUUAGGGGGUUGGGCUGGUUCAGAAAACCUGCCGCCGCACAUCCACUUUGUCCCGGGUGGUUCAGCGUUGCUUUCCCGCAGAUAUCAUCUUCAUCCUGCUCCACCUGCUCCAGCCUCCACCUGCUCCAGCCUCCAGCCUCCAGCCCAGACACCGACCCGCCGCAGCGCACAGGGACCGGACGGACAAGGGCGACCAGCUGAGCGUUUUUUUUUUCUGGAGGAAACAAGGGAUUAUCUCUCUAUAUAUAUUUAUUUAUCCACGUAUAAAUAUAUAAAAGAGGCUGAAGAUGGUGAAGCUGGGGAGUAAUCUUCAGGACAAAGGGGCCAAAGCUGCGAGCGUGGAGGACGGUUUCCAGAACGUGCCCCUCAUCACUCCGCUGGACGUGGGCAGCCUCCAGAGCCAAGCACCUGACAAGGUGGUGGUGAAAACUCGUACGGAGUACCAGACAGAGAAGAAGAGGCUGAAGGUUCCCAAGGUGGAGGAGUUCACCAUCAGCUUUACUGACGGGGUUUCUGAGAGACUGAAGGUGACCAUCCUGAUCAUCCUGGCCUUGGCCUUCCUCGCCUGCAUCGUGUUCCUGGUGGUUUAUAAAGCCUUCACCUACGACCACGCCUGCCCAGAUGGAUUCAUUUACAAGCACAAGCGUUGCAUCCCAGCCUCUCUGGAGGCCUACUACGCCGCCCAGGACGCCAACUCCAGGGGCCGUUUCUACACAGUGAUCAGCCACUACAGCAUGGCCAAGCAGACCACCUCGCACUCUGUCUCCCCCUGGCUGCCUGGAGGGGCGGGCGGCCACGACACCAAACCCCCGAGCGGCGAAGGCCACUGAGUUAACCCUUAACAGGAUGUAAACACACACACACAGACACACACACACAUAUACAGACAAAUGUAGGCGGCAAUUUAGAAAUAAACGACACAUAGAGUGAAAACGUGCAUGGAGACAUUAAAACACACACAUACUAGCUCAUGAUUAUCUGAUUAUUAUCUCCUCACUCAUCAUCACCACGGUUACUCCCCCCUUUUCCUCUGGUUUAUUAUUCACCCGACUGUCACGAUCUAUUUAUUUUCUACUGUGAUGUUAAGGAUGUUUUGUAUGUGAUUACCAGGCCUCUCUUUGUACAAAGACACGAUUCAGAUCAUCUUCUGUGUGUGUGCCGUCGUUACUGAUCUUCAUUCUCGCCCUAUUUUCUGUUCUGCAAACACACACAGAAAACUUCUUCUUACUCAGACCUUUUAACGCUGUAACAAAGUUGUAAAAAAAAAAGAAAAAAAAGAAAAACAACCUUUCAGCUGCUCUUUCUGAGCUCGUACACGAUGACAUUCUCAACGUGCUGUGCCAUACGUUUUAAACCCUGACCCCCUCCCCCAGUGACCGAAGCUGUACAUACAGAUGUGCAUCCAGGCUAGUUUUGUGUGUAUGCAUCGUAGUAGCUUUCCUUAGUUUUUACUCCUUCAUGUGAACUACUUGCAUAAAGCUUCUGCAGCCUGUCUCGUAGCUUCAUUAAACGCAGUGACACAGACUGGAGAGGAGACGUGGUGCACGUCGCCGUCUCUUGCCAAAACUCUUCUAUUUCCCGCGGCGUAUGGUUCCGUUUCUAGAUGAUAACGUCCUCUAUAUGUUUAUAGAUGGGCUCGUGUUCCUGUUCUUAUUUCAUUCACCUCUUUUUAUUUAUUUAUUUAUUUGUUUUUUAAUGAUGCGUUGGAUCUGUUGUCGAGAACGCUUUAAUGAGAUGUUGUGACGUCGUUAGUCGAUAUGUAGCGAUACCUGGUGUAAUUGAUCAGUGUGCAUCCCCGUCCCUCUUCUCUGGGUUUAGAUCCAAAUAAAAAGAAGCUGUGACCUGU